AUGAAUGAUGUUGAGGCUUUCGAGUUUGAUCAGACGCUGACCCAGUAUUGGGGCGAGCUGAGCUCCACUCCGCUGGAUAGUCAUAUUGAAGCCACGGCUGUGCCAAGGCCCAGCUCCAAUAUCCGCCGCCGGCUGCAUCAGAUUAACCUCUCCCCUGAAGUUCAGCACGAGUUUGCGUCGGCCUUUGACGUGUGUGCGGUCUGCGAUGACCUGGCCGAGCUCAGCUCUCAUGAUACCGCAGCCUUCUGUUCCAAGGAUGCAUCCUUGCUGGUCGUCGACCUACUCAUGCUGUGCCAGGGCUACCAGAGCUUUCUUACUGCCGUGCAAAUACUCGUGUUGGAGUCUGCCCCUGCCGCCAAUGACGCCUCCAUAUCAGACGAGGUUUUACAAGCACUCCAAAAGGCAGAAUCAUCGGCAGACAGUAUGCCCCAGCACGUGACACAGACCUGGCGGAAGCAGCUGCGUGAAUUAUGCAAGGUCGUGAUCUUGCUUGUGCAAACAUACAACGCGGCGCAAGCUGGUCAGCUUCAGGAGGUUUCAAUUGGAUUGCUGCAGUCACAGUCGGCCUUGAACCUUCUCAAGCAUGCCAUGGCCACGACGGCGGGGAUUGUGCAGCGCUGGCGCGUAUUAUACAAUCUGAUCACGGCCCAGGCGGCUCUUCUCUUUCACGCUGCCAUUGGCAACGCCGAGUUCAAUCUUGCCGAGCGUCUGCUUCCACACCAUGAGGCCGACAAGCACUGGUUCUUGCAGCGCCUCGUACAGCUAGAACAAACCACCAAGGCCGUGUUUGUGGCAUGUGUGCGCCGUCAUCCACUUGGGGCAGCAGGAUUGCGCUAUUCCCACCCACAACUGGUCUCCGAAGAGGUUCACGGCAUGGCGACCCUACCCAUCUGCUUUUGCACGCCCGAGGGAGGACUGGUGCGCAUCCCUCAUCUGGCCAGCGUUGCCCAGGCUCUUUGGGACGGCGAGGAGGAACUAGCGCAAGGUGGGGUGGUCAUCGUGGACGAGACAGCCAUGCCCAUGGGACGUGUGGAAAAGGAUCGGGAAAAGUAUAUUUACUUGUUGGCGCGCAUCCUGCGCGACACGUACGUGGUGGCCGGGGUCAUCUCCAAGACCAAGAAAUCCGACCGCGACAUGAUUGCCAUCAUCCGCAAGCAAUUUGGCGACCUUCAAGUCAACCUGCUUGCGGCGGCCCUCCUCCACUAA